CGGAAGUCGAUUGCUUGUCGUCUUGGUCGAAUCGCGCAAGCGCAUGCAUGGCUAGCAAGAAUCAUGCUAUCUCCGUCGGAGUUUUUUCAUCCUUUCUCGCUCUCUUUCUUUUUCGCUUGUCUUUAUUCCGCGGACUUGCCAAAUAUGCGUUGCGAAACGCAGUCACAGGCGCAACUGUGCAAACAAGACUGGGUUGGGGUCUGAUCAUUCACUGACUUCGUUCUCGCACUUCCCGUUGUGCCGCAUUGCCCGGUCACGGUCAUUACUUAUAAGACCUCGCCCAGACCUGCUUGAGUUGUUGUUUCUUAAACCUCACACUUCACCACCGAGAAUAUCAAGAACACAAGCAUCGCAUCUCUCCUGAAUCGCAGUCAUGACCUUGGAGCAAGACCAAGGCCCUCUUGGGGAUGAGCUCUCCGAGAAGGAUCGCUCUACUCCUUCUCCUCCCGUAAACAGCGAAGUCCAAGAGUCGGCAAUCCCUGCAUUGCGAUUCUGGAUGUUGAGUGUUGGCGUCUUACUCGGCUUGUUCCUCUCCAUGAUCGACACAUCCAUCGUUGCUACCAGCCUCUACACCAUCGGCCUCGAGUUUGAGGCGCUCGAAACUGUCAACUGGGUCGCCCUCGCCUACACCCUAUCUUACCUCGGGUGUGCCGUCGUCUUUGCCCGCAUCUCCGACAUUAUUGGGAGACGCAAUGCAUUCAUUGCAGCAUAUGUUCUCUUCUUUGCCUUCUCGCUUGCUUGCGGCUUUGCUCAGAGUCUAGAUCAGCUCAUCGCCUUCCGCGUCCUCCAAGGGGUUGGCGGAUCUGGUCUGUACUCACUUACCAUGAUAAUGCUUCCCGAAAUGAGCCCAAACAAUUUGCGACAUCACAUUGCCGCCCUCGUGGGCAUGAUUGUGGCCCUUGCUGGGGUCUUGGGUCCAGUGCUUGGCGGCCUUCUCACCCAUUACACUAGCUGGAGAUGGGUCUUCUGGAUCAAUGGGCCUAUAUGCCUGGUUUCUCUGGUCAUCUUCCUUCUCACCUGGCCCCGCGCAGAAUACCUUCCAUCACUCGAGCGGCGUGCCUGGAAAGAACUCGAUUACGCCGGCUCCUUUCUCGCAAUUUCCGCUGCCGUUUUAGUCGUCUUUUCAUUUCAGAAUGCCGGGUCAUCUCCUGACGAUGAGUGGCACAAGGCAAUCUUUCUUGCUCCCCUGCUUUGUGGGCUAUUCGCUUGGGCGUUGCUUGCUGCUUGGCAGUACCUUAUCCAUUGCCGAUUUGAGGACCGUCUCGCUCCCGCUUUCCCAUUCACCAUCUUCAAAAACCGAGUAUACACAGCAGCUGUACUAAACACCAUGUUGUUGGGGUACCCUUAUCUUCAGCUCAUCUACGCUAUCCCGGUCCGGAUUCAAGUCGUCGGUGGAAAGUCGGCGCUUAUGGCGGGUUUGAUGCUACUCCCGAUGCUAGGAAGCGCUGCCAUAGGAAGCGCUCUCAGUGGAAGAAUUAAUGCGAUCAAAAACUAUGUGUUUGAGACGCUGCUGGUGGGCUCUUGCUUGAUGACGGUAGGGUGCGGUCUUUUGACGACAUUAUCGCACGAGCUGGAUAGCGGAAAACAGCUCGGAUUCGUCACAUUUUGCGGUCUUGGAUUCGGGCUCACUAUUGCGGCCUCAACGAUGAUGUCGACAAUUGAGGUACCCAUUCGCAACUAUGCACCUGCACAAGGGAUCCUUUCCCAAGUCCGUCUCCUCGGUGGUAGUUUGGGAAUCGCUACGUCGACAGCCGUGCUGCAUCAAAAAGUUACCGAAUACCUUACGGGUAUGCUAUCGCCAUCGGAGCUGGCUGCAGUCGGCGGGCCCGACUCGCAUCUCUCCGACACACAGCUAGAAAGGGUCCACUACGCGUAUGCGGAGUCGUUCCGGAUGGACAUGAAGGUGGCGGCAGGCAUUUCGGCAAUUGGAGUGAUUUCGACUCUGGGUGCGUAUCGCCGUCGCCGCUUCCUAAUCCAAGAGCAACGGCAAGCUCUAGUAGCCGAGGAGGUUGCUAGACGACGAGGACAAUCCGGCGCGGCCACUGUGGACACGCAAAUAGGGACCGAAAAAGUCUGAUAUGACUAAGAGACCUGAAGGUCGGAGAGAGCAGGCCGGAAGGGUUGAUGGAGGGUGGAGAGAAAACAGAGUGCGGGCAUGGUGACCAUCAGAUGAUUCCAGAGAACCCCGAUGAACAGUGGCGCCAAACAUUUAGCGUCCCAGGUAGCCAUGGCAUACCCUGAUGAACAAUGUGUAAAAGGAAUGUAGAACAUAGAACAUAGAAAUAGAGCUGGAUUUAUAUUAGGUUAGAGUUGGAUGAGGUGGAACGGUGGCAAUGGAAACCUGUUGUACAUAGCACGCCAAGGUAUUUCCUAAAAUAUAUAAGCAAUAGACCGCCGAGAAUUUGUUCAAAUUGAACACAA